AUGGCCACUGACGGAAUUUGCCAUAAUAUUUCGACUCCGGUUCUCAUCAUAGGCGCCGGUCCUGCCGGCGCCACGACCGCCCUGUUGCUCGGUCGCUAUGGAAUCCGGUCGGUCGUGAUAUCUCGCCAUCGAGGCACAGCCAACACCCCAAGGGCGCAUAUUUUCAACCAGCGUGCAAUGGAGGUGCUUCGCGAUGCUGGAGUUGAAGACAUCGCGAAGACAGUCGCGUCGACCAAGGAGCAAAUCGCGCAUGUGGCAUGGUUACACACCCUCAAUGGCGAGGAGUAUGGCCGAGUCCACGCUUGGGGAACCAAACCAGAUCGCAUUGGAGAGUACCUUGUUGCAAGUCCAUGUGAGAUGUCUGACCUCCCGCAAAGCGUGCUUGAGCCCAUCCUCGUUGAAGAAGCCACAAAGCUGGGAGUAGAGUUUCGAUUCUCUACUGAGUUCCUUUCACAGAUCCAACUUCCAGAUGGACGGGUUGUAACAUCAGUCCGCAAUCGGAUCACCUCCGAAACUUACAACAUCACUGCUCAAUAUCUAGUUGGUGCUGACGGGGCAAGGAGUUCUGUCAUCUCCAGUCUCGGAAUACCCAUUGAUGGAAAGCAGCUGAGUAAUGCAUUUGGCGUCCACAUCAAAGCAGAUCUGAGCAAAUAUUUCACCCAUCGUCCAGGAUCUAUGGCAUGGAUACUGGAUCCGGACGCACCGGACUGGUCGUCUCAUGGGUCCAUUAGGAUGGUAAGGCCGUGGAAUGAAUUCCUUGUUUCGAUGCACAAUGCGAAACAAGAUGUCCACUACGAGCCUUGUGCAGAAGAUGUUAUUCGGCGAUUGCACCAGAUGAUCGGCGACAGCUCGAUCCGAAUCGAGCUUUUGAGCUUUUCACGAUGGACUAUCAAUGAUCAAGUGGCCCGGACAUGGCAGAAAGGUAACGUAUUCUGCAUCGGCGAUGCUGUUCAUCGGCAUCCUCCAAUCAAUGGGCUCGGGUCAAACACUUGCAUCAGCGAUGCUUUCAAUAUUGCUUGGAAACUGGCGUACGUCCUGAGAGGUAUAGCGGAUCCUUCUAUCCUUGAAAGCCUUACCCUCGAACGAAAGCCGGUUGGUGAUGGGAUUGUGAGGAGAGCUAAUGAUGGAAUGCUGAUUCACAGAAAGUUGUGGCAAUUGAUGGGCUCAACCAAGGAAGAGCGGGCAGUUGUGUCCGGGGCACUGCAAGCCGCAAGCGUCGAAGGCACGCGCCUGAGAAAGGAACUGCGCAGUAUAAUUGAGGAAACCGACGACGAAUUCAAUGCCUUGGGAAUUCAGAUGAAUCAGAUCUAUUCGAUGUCUCCGCUUCGCUUAGUCGAGGAUAACGACAGUCCGCCCAAUCUUCACGGAGUGAACUUGCUGAAGCAACAAGUAAUCUCAACCUUUCCCGGCUUUCAUCUACCGCACGCGUGGGUGGUGAAAGAUGGCCAAUCCGAGCGGGUAUCUACACUAGACCUGGCUGGACACGGCCAGUUUGUUCUCUUCACAGGCGUUGGCGGUAAAGGCUGGUUACAGGCAGCACAGGACAUCUCGCGGGAAGACGGGGUCCCUGUAAAAGGCUACGGAAUAGGCAGAGGACUCGAAUACUUUGAUGCUUAUUGGGAUUGGGAGAAAGUCAGGGGCGUCGAAGAAGACGGAGCUAUACUGGUGAGGCCGGACCAUUUUGUCUGCUGGAGAUGCAAACGUCUUGUCUCAGACCCCGCAUCAAGGCUGAGAAAGGUGAUGCAUGUGCUUCUUUGUCCUCCGCAGUAG